AUGAAGCCACUCACCGUCGUGUCGCAGGCGCUCUUGGUCGCGCAAGGCCUAGCAGCUGAGCCGUGUAAGCAUCGGUUGACGCCCGAGAAGCUCGAGGCUGCCCUCACCUCGGAAGGGCUCGAGAAUAACCUGUGGCAUCUGGAUCGCAUCGGGACUGCAAACAAGGGAAACAGGGCAUUCGGCACGCCCGGCUACAAGGCCUCGUCUGACUACCUGCUAGAGCAGAUCGGCGUCGAGGGGCCCGAUGGAGAUUUCGACAUUUGGAAGCAGUACUUCAACCAUACCUACGAGGAGACUCGUGAAAUCGCCCUCACCGGGCCCGAUGGCGAGGACGUGGAUGUGUAUACGCUCAUCUACAAUCAUGCUACGCCAGUACCCGAUGGCAUAACGGCCGAGCUUGCUGCCCUUCCCGUAGAUGACACACGAGGUUCUGGCUGCUAUGAGGAUCAAUGGUCAGGCAUUGAAGUUGUCGGAAAGCUCGCUCUUGUGAAGCGAGGCGUUUGCAGCAUCUCCGACAAGAUCAAACUGGCCAAGAGCCACGGCGCCCUUGGUGUCGUCCUCGUCCACAACACCGAAAACACCCCCAACACCGGCACCUUGAGCGCGGACAACAUUGGCCUUCUUGUCCCCGUUGGCAUGAUCAAGCUGGCGGUCGGGGAGGCCUGGUUUGCCAGGAUUGCAGGCGGCGAGGUCCUCACGGUGACCCUCCUUGUGGAUUCAUUCUUCGAGGAGCGCGAGUCGUGGAACAUCUUCGCCGACACCAAAGACGGCGACCCGGACAGCAUCAUUGUCCUCGGCGCCCAUCUCGACUCCGUCCCCGCCGGUCCGGGCAUCAACGACGACGGCUCGGGCGUGACGGCGCAGAUUGAAAUUGCUAAGGCACUCCGCCAGUUCCGCGGCUUGAAGAACAAGAUACGCCUUGCAUGGUGGGGGGCUGAAGAGCCUGGACUCGUCGGCUCGCUGCAUUACACAUCACACCUGAGUGAGGAGGAGGCCGACAAGAUCCGGUUCUACUUCAACUAUGACAUGAUUGGUUCUCCCGUGCCCGUGUAUGGCAUUUAUGUUGGGGACAAUCCGGACGACAAGGUCGGCGCACAGCUGCUUCUCGAUUACCUUGUGGCCAAAGACAAGCCGGCAUAUUUCGGCAGUUUUGGGACCGGUUCUGACUAUGUUGGCUUUCUCAAUCUGGGCAUCGCAUCGUCAGGAGUCCAGACGGGCGGAGGAAUCCCCGCGGAUCCUUGCUACCAUCUGGCGUGCGAUGUCUUUGGAAACGUCAACCUGGAUCCUUUGACCGUCAACACCAAGGCGGCUGCAGUGGCCGCGGCUACUCUCGCCCUCAAAGACGAGCUACCACGCAGAGUGAAGACCUCGCUCAACCCGCGCAGCAAGAAUAGAAUCAGAGCUCAAUUUGACUCAUGGCGGACUGCACGGGCUGAGGCGGUAGACUCUUACAAGUGUGCCGGUGACUCAAAGCAUACGGUGUAG